AUGCUCUUGCGCAGCCUUCCGCUUUACGCGGUCAGGGUCGUUUCGGUCUCGCUCAUCGAGUCGAUGCCAUUUCCUGGAAUGGGCAGGCCCCCCACGGGUAGUCAUGCGACUCUUACCUUUCAUCUCCACCGCUUCCGCAACAGCGAGAGCUUCGGCGUUGACUGCAAGUUCCAGUCGUUUGGUGGCUGUGAUGAGCAGUGCUUUGUUCGUGGCAUGAGCGCCGAUCUCGUGGCGUCGUCGGCUGCUCUAAAGAGCGUGCUUGGCAACGGGAAGGCUGCACACACGAACUCUGUUCGGGUGACAAGCAUCAACGGCAUCGCUAGUUUGACGAAGACGACGGUGCAGGAGCUGUUCGACAGCGGCCGCGAUGUGAUUGUGCAGUGCGCCGUGUCUGCCGUUGCCGACAGCCCGUCUGAUCCUAGGCAGGUGGACACUGGCAUGGAAAGAGAAGAGGAUGAAGCCGAGGCAACGCGCACUCCCAAGAAGCGUGGGCGAAAGCCAAAGGUGCCAGUGACGGGUGCUCUCGGUGCUGAUGACACCGAGGUAGUCGGGGCGCCAUCCAAGAAUGGCGCGAAGAGGCGAGGGCGGCGCGCUCGUGGUCUAUCGCUGAAGAAUCCCAAAGUGAGCAAAAAGCGGCUACGCUACUCCGGCGCUCGCUCGGUAGUGAAGCAGAUGACCAGAAAAGAUACGGACUUGUCUGUCGACGAUGGCUUGUCGGCCGAUGCGGAGGCGGUCGACGAAACGGCCGCCUCUGCGGCGGACGAGAUCAAUGCAGCCGCACUGGAGACGCUGCACAAGCUUGCGCCGGUAGCGCCUGUGAGGACACGCGGUCGGCGAUCAACGAAACGCGAAGCAUUGCUUGAUCCGAAAUGGCGGAGCACGGCAGUCGGGCAGACCUCAGACGACUUUUGGUUUACGCAUGCGGAGGCAACGCCAGCGGAGGGCGGAGAGGAUGACGAGGCGCGCCCCGAGGAUGCGGCGGUGCCGACUCGAAAGCGGCGAGGGCGUCCAGCCAAAAUGGCCGUCGUCGACGCUCCCACUGAGGUGGAGACAAUGGGGGUAGCGAAGCGUGGGCGCCGUCGGUCAGCUGGCCGCCUCUUUGAAGUAGAGAAGCAGAAGAAAACCCCCGGGCGGCGUGGGCGACCUCGCAAGAUGGACAAGGUCGCAGAUGUACUGGAUGUAACCCAGGCAGCAGAGGCCAGCUCAAGCGAGGAACCAGCAGAACAAUCCGAGGAUGCUGAUGCUGAGCUGGAGUUUUGA